UUGCAUGUAGUUCUAUAUACGUGAUAUCUAUGAGACGCAUCCUACACUAUUACCGUAGCACCGUGCAACGGCUGCAGUCAGUUGUGAUUGUGUUCCAUUGACUUCUUUCUCUCUCCCCCUCUGCCCUCCAAGUGGCCCAGGAGACUUUCUUUCCCAUCAUGCAAUCCUGGUCGGAAAUGCAAAGGAUAACUACUGGCCUAGGUGGAACAUUUUUUCUCCGUGAUUUUUUUUGUUUGAGCGCGUCUCGUUUUUCCUCGAUUUCAUUCACAUAACUAAACCGGAGCCUCGACGACGUAUCCGGCAUUAGCUACCUUAAGGACUCGAACAUAAGUCGAGCUUCAAGUCAUGGCACUUGUUGACGUUUUGCAGCCUACUUUAGCCUAGCCUAGCUGGCCAACUGCUAACAAAGCUGCAAGGCAAGUCGUCAAGCGUUCUCAAUUCAAGUGUGGAAAAUGACCGCAAAAACGACAACGGCUACAACAAAGUUCCAGGAGGAACUUUGUAGAGUUAAAGAGGAGCCCCCACGUCACCAACACUCGACUGUGUGCAAAAUAAUGCACGCAAAGGUUGUUCUUUACAGACUAGAAGAUCUAUAUGUCAGCCAAGCCCAUCGUCCUGAGCCCCAGGUGUCUGCAUGCAUCAAAGAGGAAGAAGAGGAAGAGUCACCAUACAUCAAGGAAGAGGAGGACUUCGUACCCAUUAAAGGUCAUCCCAAGUGGUGCUUUUUUCCCUCUUCAAAUGAGACAGAAAUCAAAUAUGACUACCUGACAUGGAAUGGAUACAAGACCCAUCGAGAUUACAACAUUGGUUUCAGCAAAUAUCUUAGUCCUGACGCUCAACAGCCAAAGAAAGAAGUACAACUUCCAAUCAAAAAGGAGGAGGUAGAGCUGCCAUACGUUAAAGAGGAAGACAAUAUCACCAUGUUGACUGGUGAGCCCUUGAAGCGUGAGGAUGUUCCGAGUGAGGUCAGCAGAGCAACGGAGCCUUCAAGCAGCAGCUCAACAGAUGGAUCGCAAGCACACAUUUUCAUCGCACCAUCAGACAGAAAUGGCGCCAUGUCACACUCACCUUACAAAGAUGAUGGUCAUAAGAAACCUCACCGUGGGAAAACCUUUGCUAGUAACUUUACUUGUCGUAUGCAUAUGAGGAGCCACACAGGUGAAAAUCUUCUUGUCUGCUCAGUUUGUGGUCAAAUAUUCACUCAUAAGCACCACUUAGAAUUACACACAAGAACCCACACUGUUGAAAAACCUUUUUCCUGCUCAGUUUGUGGAAAAAGAUUCACUCAGAAGAGCACCUUAAAAACACACACAAGAACCCACACUGGUGAAAAACCUUUUUCCUGCUCAGUGUGUGGAAAAAGAUUCACUCAGAAUAGCACCUUAAACACACACACAAGAAUCCACACUGGUGAAAAACCUUUUUCCUGCUCAGUUUGUGGUAAAGGAUUCAGUCAAAAGAGUGCCUUAAAAGUACACACAAGAAUCCACACUGUUGAAAAACCUUUUUCCUGUUCAGUUUGUGGUCAACAAUUUACUCGAAUUCACCACCUAAACGUACACACAAGAACCCACGCUGGUGAAAAACCUUUUUCCUGCUCAGUUUGUGGUCAAGGAUUCAGCCAUAAGGGUACCUUAAAAGUCCACAGAAGAACCCACACAGGUGAAAAACCUUUUUCUUGCUCAGUUUGUGGUCAAGGAUUCAGCCAUAAGGGUACCUUAAAACUCCACACAAGAAUCCACACUGGUGAAAAACCUUUUUCCUGCUCAAUUUGUGGUCACAGUUUCACUGAAAAGAAAGCUUUACAAACACACACAAGAACCCACACUGGUGAAAAACCUUUUUCCUGCACAGUUUGUGGUCAAGGAUUCAGUCAUAAGACAACCUUAAAAGCACACACAAGAACCCACACUGGCGAAAAACCUUUUUCCUGCUCAGUUUGUGGUCAAGGAUUCACUCAAAUGCAACAUUUAAAAGUACACACAAGAACCCACACUGGUGAAAAGCCUUUUUCCUGUUCAGUUUGUGGUCAAAAAUUCAUUCGCAAGGAUCGUAUGAAGAGGCACGUGUGUAUUUGUGUGAGAAGCAGUGGUCAAUGACUGUUUUGCCUGUCAUCGAUGCCGCCUUCACGCCUUCAUCAGAUUGUGCUCGCAGGUCAUUUGUAGUCUGUACAGUUUCCUCAAAUCCUGUUGAGGAUUGGCAGUAUUGGUGCCUUACAUGUGCUUUGUCCAAGUUGAGUCGCAUUAUUUAUACAAUAAUCUCCCUCUUUCAAACUACACUUUUCACAGCUAAUAUUUGAAACAGUAGACCCCAAAUUACAAAAAUUGUAAAUCAUUCAUCAACAAUAUAAUUACCUAAAUAUGGAAAAUUAUGAUUGGCUCACAAAUCUUAG